AUGACUAUUUUUCACGAGCGAAAUUUCACUGAAAAGGAACCCGAAGAUGUGGAGGCUUUUUUCCAGACUUGGCUCUACUUCGGUCUCCUGACGUGCACUUUCCGCACAGUUGGCACUAUACGUGGUCAGAACGCUGAUUUCGCGAGGACCGACCAAGGAAGCAAGCUCAUUAUAACGGAGCGGCUACACGGAUGUCUUGACGAUUGGAAUACUCGAGAGAAUGUUGCGUUGAUCAAAUACCGCGGAGGUGAUCCGAGCGAGGUCAUAGAAAUGAACGGCAAGGUCGCUAGUUGGCCAUUCGCUCUCGCGAUGCUUUCCGAAGUCCAUGACUAUGUGAACUGA